GGCGUCUUGGUAUCAGCUCGUUUACAUUUUGCCGACUAAAAAGGAUUUAAAGAUGUGUCGCAAAGUGUGGACACUCGGUCUGUGAGCUUCUGAGCCGCUCUCUGCUCCGUCAGAUCCAGAUAAACUCCUGUUUGUACCUUUAGCUCAGUUGAAUAAGUCAUGGAGAAGAAGUUCAGUCAGUGGAAGAAACAGAGUCUGAACAAACUGGACCAGAGUAAGAAAGGCAGCGUGGACCGAGAUAUUGAACACGUCGUGUCUCUGCUGAACAGCUGUGAGGAAUAUUUCACCACCAGCUCCUGCUCCGGGAGGACCAUCCUCAUAGACGGGGCUUCACAAAGCAGUGAUGUCCAGAAACAGAACUGUGUCUGGCUGUUUGUCUCACACCAGAAAUGCACCUUUGAUGACCUGAUGUCUGGUCUGGCUCGAUCUAGCGGUGAUGCUGUGUUGAAGUUUGAGCCUUUCGUUCUCCAUGUUCAGUGCAGGAGGCUGGAAGACGCACAGCUGAUGCACUCCGUCGCCAUCAACUCCGGCUUCAGGAACUCCGGCCUCACAGUCGGCAAGACGGGAAAGAUCAUCACGGCGGUCCGUAGCACUCAUGGCCUGGAGGUUCCUCUGAGCCACGAAGGAAAGCUGCUUGUUGAGCAUGAGUACGUCCGCUUCCUGACACAGAUAGCCAAUCAGAAAAUGGAGGAGAACCUCAGACGGAUAGACAGGUUCUACGAGAACCUCCAGUCAGCUCUGUUGACAGAGAAACUACAAAAACUACAAAUCCCAGAACCUCCCAGCUCGCAUGAACUUCAGGAUCCCCCUCACAUACUGGAGGGAGAAAAGGUAUUAGAAGAAGAAGAAGAAGGAAAGGAGGAGAGGAAGAAAUCAAACGUGUACAAACGGAGGCGGAAGAGAGAACAGCAUCAGACUGACUGUUGCCAUGGUGACGGGGACAAUAGCAUGACGGAGCUGGACGACUGUCUGAGUCUGUUCACGUGAAAUAGUGGCUCUACAUGCACCGACGUGCUCACUUUGUCACUGAGCGGAUUAUAGAGCGGAUUUAGUUUUGUUGAGGUGAGUUUGACAGACUCAAGCUUUCUUUGUGGAAACUCUUGUCGGAGAUAACGUGUAUCACGAGGAUUAUCAACUUCCUGUGUUUACUGGGUUUUCUGCUGCUUUUGUGUGCACGUUCACGUAAAACGGGACAUUUGACUCUUCUUCAGCACCAGAUGGACCGAUGGUGUGCUGCUGACUUUAGUUAACAGGAUGUUUUAACAGAGAAAUAUGAAGAAUAAAAAAAAUUAUCAAUUCAUCAUCAAUACAGCCGCCUGUUUCUAACGGGACAACUGAACAUCAGAGCUCCUAAACUUUAUUCAUUUAAACACAAUAUUGAAGAAGUCUGUUCAGGUCUCACACUGUCCCAUAACAAAGGAAAUCACUUGAGUUUUUGGCCAAAUCAAAGUGAAGUGAAUGUUGGAUAUUCUCUGUAAUAAAUACCAAUGGAAAGA